GGACGGUGACAGGAGGGAGUUGGGUGCCAAUGACACGAUCGAGAGCAGGCGGACUGGACUGUAAACAGUCCAAAAUGGAUGACGCCCAGCUGAUAAGGAGUGAGAGGGUCAUCAAGACCUGCCCGGCUCCUCUUUGGGUGGAAGAUACACUUUCAGAAGCUGACAGCCAUUGCGACACUUUCUGGCAAUGCGCGCUACGGGAGUCGCCCGGGCGAUAUGACGACCGUCCGAGACCGGAGGCUCCGGCCACCGGCAUCGGCCAGGAACGACGGACCCACGCCCGGCUGGCUGGACUCCUUCAGGAGAGCGAUGCUGGUCAACUUGGUCCGGCUUCCGACUCCACUAGGGAGGCGCGCGAUCCGGGAGGAACCACUGCUGGGCCGUGGUUUGAGCCGGCAGCAACCACCCCUGAGCAGAGGUGUUUUGCUACUGGAGAAACCACUGCUGAAGAAACCACUGCCGGGCCGUGGUAUGAGCUUGCAGCAGCCUUUGUGGAGCAGACGUGCUAUCUUGAAGCAGCCACGGCUGAACAGGCGAGUCACCUUUCCAGAGAAGCCGUAGCUGGGCAGUGGCAUGAGCUCCCAGCAGUCACUGCUGAACAGUCCUGCAACCCUGGAGUAACCGCUGGUGAGCAAACGUGCAAUGCUCAUGGCGAUGUCACUGCUGGUCCGUUGCAUGGUCCUGCAGUCAGCGAUGUUGAUCAGUCGCAUGACCCUUCGGCAGAUAUUGCUGAACAGACGCUUUGUCCUCAAACAGUGGCUUCUGGGCAAUGGUAUGAACCUUUGGCAGCCGCUGCAGGGUUCACGCAUGAUCCUUCGGCAGGCGUUGAUGAACAGACGUAUCUUCCUGGGCCAGUGACUUCUACGCAGUGGUAUGAUCUGGGAGUAGCCAUUGCUAGAGAGACAUAUUAUCCUAGAAGAGCGACUGCUUAUCGGGGGUAUGAGCCUGUAACAAGGAUUGGUGAACAUCUGUUGGGGGCUGAAACAGCAACCGCUAAGCAGUGGGAUAACCCUCGAACAGUGGCCGUCGAAGGGAGGCAGAAUCCCGGGGCAACCAUAAAUGGACGGGCGAGCUAUCCCGCUGGAGCAGCUGAUGGACAAGUGUCUGAUCUUGGAGCUCCGACCCCGGUAGGACCAAUUGACGUCACGGUGGCACAUCCAUCUCCUCUCAGCACCGUGACCAUCGACUUGUCCCAGUCUGAGCCACUUGAGCCCUCCUCCAGACAACAGCUGCUCCAUUCGGACAUCCCUGAAGAGAGCACCAUUUCGUCAGCGGCUGUUGGUGCCGACAAGACACUGGCAGCAGAAGAAACGCCCGCCACCCACUCCCUCCCUGUCGUCGGAGACAGCCCGACCUCUUCUCGGGGACCACCCACCACCGGCGUCGACCCGUCGGGACGUUACGAGUGCCCAGUGUGCGGCGCGCGGCUCCUCAGUCAGGCGCUCCUGGUGCGCCACGCGCGCGGUCACGGCGUGGUGGCGCUGUUCGGGUGUGUGGUGUGUGGGAUUCCGUUCACCGAGCGGUCGCUGCUCGUCUACCACGCGCUGGGACACGUCGGAGGGCGACGCCCAUGGGCCUGUGGCGUCUGCGGCGAGGUGUUUGAGCGCACGAGGUCGCUGAAGAGGCACAUCCUACAGCAUGACGGCCGCUGGGACUGUCCAGAGUGUGGUGAUACCUUCCACGACCGGGAUAGCCUCGAGCAGCAUGCCUUGCUGCACGGGGUCGUGAACCCGUACCUCUGUGAGGUAUGCGGCAGGGGAUUUACGCUUGCCAAACGCCUGUACGCUCAUCGCACACGCCACAUCACCGAGAGGCGCUUUGUGUGCUGUUCUUGCGAUAAGCGUUUUACUGCGAGGCGGACUUUGACUAAGCAUAUGCGUAUUCACAUGCGAGAGGCACUGAUGGCAGAGCAGCACACUGCUCAAGAGAGUAAGAUGCCAGUCGUUGAACGUAGUGAUGUCACUGAAGACAUCUCUCGUCAGAGUCGUAGUGAAUGUGUCACUGUAGGCAUCUCUCACCCCAGCCCUAGUGAAUAUGUAUCAGAAGACAUCUCUAGCAAAAAGCCAAGAGAAUGUGCCUUUGAAGGCUUUUAUCUCCAGAGCCGUAGUGAAUACGGCGGUUCUGAAGGCAACUCUGGUCGCCAGUGCCUCGCUAAGCUGAUCAGGACAGCCGGCAUUCCUUGAGCUUUCUCCGGCAUCAGAGAUCCGUUUGUUUCUCACAGAGCAAAGCUACUCGUACAUGCAUCACGCAUUUCUGCAUUCGUUUGCGCCUUACAUGGUAGUAAAUAUACGACUGACUUGUGAAGAACUUGCAAGCCGGCGCUCCCCUUCCGACCAGUACAAAUACUUUGUAUGGCGUUUACGAGGCUCGUGUGGUCUUGACUUUGUUUGGCUCGAAUAUACGUUGUUUUUAGGAAGGCUGGGUCGCUAUUUUGUCUGUGUUCUUUGGCGUUGUACCUGCGCGUAACUCGGCCCUGAGUUCAGCUAAGAAGGUGAAUUUGUGUUCUUAUGUUAUGUUGUGCCGCAUAAAUGUCACUUGAUGUGGGUGUGUCGCAUUGUCAUUGCAUUCUUGGAUUUGGAUACGCCAAAUGUGUAGAACUGUAGUUGUCAGCUCAUUUCUGCAAGGGAGACGAUGUUACAUCUGUAAUAAUACACAUUGCCAUUGGCGGAUCCA